UUGAUGCAACGUUUCUCUCUCACAAGAUUAGAUCACCCGCGAGCAUAAUCGUAUGCUUAUCCUCAAAGUUCGAGCUUACUUCCCGAUCCGACCUCGUUGCACUCUUCGCCUUAGUUUGCACCGAUCCUACCUACAUCCAGUUCGCAGCUUUACCGUGACCCCGAUCUCCGAUUAUCACAAGAUGGACGCCGUCACCAUCACCAACGACCCAUCCUUGCCCACCUCUGCUGCUCAAGAUGCCGGCAAGAUUGACCACCAGAAAUCGAGCAACAAGAUCCAGGUGGCAAGCCAUAAUCAGUAUACCACCCCUCGCCUCCUCUCAUCCGAGGUCGACCCGAACCCGAUGAUCCAGUUUCAAAAAUGGCUAUCCUCAGCCUUGCACCCACAGGAAGGCCAACCCGAGGUGCACGAACCGGAAGCCAUGACCAUCUGUACCUCUUCUCCCACCGGAGUUCCUUCCGCUCGGGUCGUCCUGCUCAAACAAGCCGACGACACGGGGUUCGUCUUCUACACCAACUACAACUCCCGCAAAUCUCGCGAAUUAGCGUCCAACCCUUAUGCAUCCAUCGCCAUCUACUGGAGAGAACUCUCCCGAUCCGUCAGGGUGGUCGGCAAGGCGGAAAAGGUCAGCAGGGAGGAGAGUAUGGAAUACUUUGACUUGAGGCCGCGAGGGAGUCAGAUCGGAGCUUGGGCGAGCAGGCAGAGCGAGGUGUUAGAGGACGAGCAUGUGUUAGAGGACCGAGUCAAGGCGAUCGAGAAGAAAUUCGAAGGGAGAAAGGUCGAAUGCCCGGAAUUCUGGGGAGGGUGGAGGAUCGUGCCGUUCGAGGUGGAAUUCUGGAGCGGUCAGCCGUCCCGGUUACACGAUCGCCUGAGAUACACCCGUGCCGAGGGCGACUCUCAGUCGCUUUGGAAAAUCGACCGUUUGUCACCAUGACGGGAGGGAUUCCUUCUACUAGACCCGACUCAUCUUCAAAGCGUUACGAACGA